CGGAAAACAUCAGAAAGAGCACAUCGAAGGAGAAAGACGCUAAUAAGUCAGUCUUAUUAUUUGUUCUCCAGUUUGAAAUACUUACGUCGUAUAAAAUACAUCUUUGAUUCUUUAUUUAAGGAUAGAGUCGUCUCGAUGCGCUAGAAGCACUGUGCCGCUUCUGGUGCUAUCUUUGCUUGUUAGUUAGCUUAGCUGGCUAGUUAGCUUAGCUUGUUAGCUGCUAACAAAGAGACGCGGACGUUAUCAACACAUCGCUAAGUAGAGAUCAAGUGAUUGAUUGAUUUAUUGAUUAUUUUAUUAGUAGAUUGCACAGUACAGUACAUAUUCCGUACAAUUGACCACUAAAAGGUAACACCCGAAUACGUUUUUCAACUUGUUUAAGUCGGGGUCCACAUUAAGUGUGAGUGUAAAGUGUUGUGAUUGUGUGAAAAUGUGCCAAAGAACCAUAGCAAAGUAUGAGGACGAAUUCACACAGUACUUUGUAGAAAGUAGCAUUUAAAAUACAAAUAAAUGAAAUUACAAUUUCAAAUAGAUAAAAGGCUAUGUAUAUUCCGAGUUAUAAGUAGCCGCAACCUGUAAUGUAUUUUCUUUUUGAUAGGGACUUCCACAUAUUGGUGGUAUAGCAGGCAAACAAAUCAGAAUUUUUUUUCUGAGUGAAAUCUGUGUUGAAUGUGAUUUGUACAACUACCUCUGGUGUUAUAAUGGUCAAUAUAUUUUGACGUAUCUAGACAGGUACAUGGGUAUGUUAGUGGUAUGGUGUAUCUUGUACACCAGACCAACUGCAAGAAGAUGUACUCUGUCGGCCACCAAGAGCCUCCCAUGUUAAGGAAAUGGUUGGCGGAAAGGUGAGCCCGAGAUGGACAGUUAAGUAGAAGCCUAAUCAUUUGGUUUUGGGCUGUCUGGAGUUACUUUUUCAGGGCUUUUAAGGCGUCACGGUACCAAACAUGAACUCCGUAGUCAAAGUGAAGUUAAAUGAGUGCUUGUGUUAGAGUCUUAAAGGGGAACAUUAUCACCAGACCUAUGUAAGCGUCAAUAUAUACCUUGAUGUUGCAGGAAAAAGACCAUAUAUAUUUUUCAACCAAUUUCCAAACUGUAGAUGGGUAAAUUUUGGCGAAUUAAACGCCUUUCUAUGUGACGUGUUAACGUGACGUCACAAAGGGAGUCAAUCCGCCAUUUUCUCAAACACAUUACAAACACCAAGUCAAAUCAGCUGUUAUUUUUCGUUUUUUCGACAGUUUUCUGUACCUUGGAGACAUAAUGCCUCGUCGGUGUGUUGUCGGAGGGUGUAACAACACUAACAGGGAGGGAUUCAAGUUGCACCACUGGCCCAAAGAUGCAAAAGUGGCAAGAAAUUGGACGAAAUUUGUUCAAAAUACGAGGGUGUGGGGAAAGCCGACGAAAUGGUCAGUGGUUUGUUCCGCACACUUUACCGACGAAAGCUAUGCUACGACAGAGAUGGCAAGAAUGUUUGGAUAUCCUCCGACACUCAAAGCAGAUGCAUUUCCAACGAUAAAGUCAAAGAAAUCUGCCGCCAGACCCCCAUUGAACGUGCCGAAGUGUGUGAGCUAUUCAGGGACAAAGGACCUCGAUAGCACGGCAAGCAAUGGCGGCAGUUUGUUCCCGCAGACGAGCGAGCUAAACCCCCUUGAUGUCUUGGCUCACACCGCUUCUACCGAAGAUGAUCACGUGAAGAAUAUGGGCCCUAGUUUCCCUGGCCUGCUGACAUCAACUCCAAAACUGGACAGAUCAGCUUUCAGGAAAAGAGAACGGAUGAGGGUGUUACAGGACAUUUUUUCGAACUCUUAUCGACAUUCCACUGAAGAGGAUGAUUAUCAAACUUUUUCAAGAGCGGAUAUUGGAGUUCAGAUAUACCCUGAUGUGAAGUCUAAAGACGUCCAGCAGCCCCCUCACAUUAAAGAGGAAAAGGAGGAUCCACAGCCCCCCCACAUUAAAGAGGUAGAGGAGGAAGUGUGGAUGAGUCAGGAGGGAGAGUGUCCUGUAGGGCAGGAGGAGGCUGAUGUCAGCAAGUUUCCACUGACUGUUGUCUCUGUGAAGACUGAAGAGCAUGAAGACAAACCACCUGAGUCCUCACAGCUUCAUCACAGUCCAAACGUCCAGCAGGUGUCAGCAGAGAGUCAUGAAGAGAUUCCCUCCAAACAGCAGGAGUGGAGCUCCAGUGUGGGACAGAAGGAGCUACAGGCCCCCUCCCACAUUAAAGAAGAAGAGGAGGAACUGUGGAAGCAGCUUCAAAUGUUGGUGGAGGAUAAUGAUGAAGAUGAAGCUCAGUCCUUACAGCUUCAUCACUGUCAAAGUGAGGAGAACAGAGGGGCGGAGCUUGUAAGUCAACACAUCACAGAAGCUGAUGGAGAGCAUUGUGAAGAUAUAAAGUCAGAACCAGACAGCAUCUUUGCUCCUCUGUCAGACAUGGACCACAUGAUGUCACACUCUUCUGAUCACAGUGACCACAUCCAAAAACCUUUGGAGAGUAAAAAUGACUCCAAAGGUGAUACGAGACAUCACACUAACAACAAACACUUUCACUGCUCUGAAUGUGGGAAAUCAUUUAGGCACAAGAGUUAUAUUACAAUACACAUGAGGAUACAUACUGGAGAGAAACCUUUUACUUGCUCUGUUUGUAAGAAGAGUUUCUCCAGAAAGCUUGACAUGACCACACACAUGAGAACACACACUGGAGAGAAACCUUUUACUUGCUCUGUUUGUAAGAAGAGUUUCUCCACAAAGCUUGUCAUGUCCACACACAUGAGAACACAUACUGGAGAGAAACCUGUUACUUGCUCUAUUUGUAAGAAGAGUUUCUCCAGAAAGCAAUACAUGACCAAACACGUGAGAACACACACUGGAGAGAACCCGUUGAGUUGCACUGUGUGUGAUAAAAGGUUCAGGUAUAAGUAUCAGGUCAGUAAACACAAGUGUGUAACAGUCAUGGAAGCUGCAGGGAUUUAAAAACACUUAUAAACAGUGAUUGUGCUAAAUGUACUCUAAUACCACAGCAUGUUUAAAGGGGAACAUUAUUACCAGACCUAUGUAAGCGUCAAUAUAUACCUUGAUGUUGCAGAAGAAAGACCACAUGUUUUUUAACCGAUUUCCGAACUCUAAAAGGGCGAAUUUGGCGAUUUAAACACCUCUCAAUUGUUCGCUGUCGGAGCGAUGACCUUUCACCCGUGACAUCACAAUGGGAAGCAAUCCGCCAUUUCCUCAAACACAUUACACACACAAGUCAAAUCAGCUCUGUUAUUUUCCGUUUUUUCGACUGUUUUCCGUACCUUGGAGACAUCAUGAAUCGUCGGUGGGUUGUCUGAGGGUGUAACAACACGAUCAGGAACGGAUUCAAGUUGGAAUGUGCAUUGAUUAGAACGUCAUGCUAACAUGCUAUUUAGGCUAGCUGUAGGUACAUAUCGCAUCGCUAUGCUUCAUUUACACCUACAUUUGCAUCCAGCCUUUCCCUCCACCCACAUUUAAGGCCAAACAAACACAUACCAAUCGACAGAUUCAAGUUGCACCAUUGUCAAAAGAUGCGAAAGUCCCUUGUUUGUUCUGCACAUUUUACCGCCGAUGCUACGACAGACAUGGCACAGAGAUGUGUGGAUAUCCUGCAACACUCAAAGCAGAUGCAUUUCCAACGAUAAAGUCAACGAAAUCACAACGGUGAGUUUUGUUGAUGUUAUUGACUUAUGUGCUAAUCAGACAUAUUUGUACACGGCAUGACUACCAGCUAAUCGAUGCUAACAUGCUAUUUAGGCUAGUUGUAUGUACAUUUGUAGCUAUAUUUGCAUCCAGCCUUUCCCUCCACCCACAUUUAAUGCAAAACAAACACUUACCAAUCGACAGAUUUAAGUUGCUCCAGUGGUCAAAAGAUGCAAUCUUUGGUUAGAAGGCGAUCGCCGAAUAGCUUCAAUAGCUAUUUGCUCAAUAGCUUCAGUUUCUUCUUGAAUUUCAUUUUUGCUAUCUGCUUCCACACUCCAACCAUCCGUUUCAAUACAUGUGAUAUCUGUUGAAUCGCUUAAAGGGGAACAUUAUCAUCAAACCUAUGUAAGCGUCAAUAUAUACCUUGAAAAAAAGACCAUAUAUUUUCUUAACCGAUUUUCGAACUCUAAAUGGGUGAACUUUGGUGAAUUAAACGCCUUUCUAUUAUUCUUUGUGAUGUCACAUAGGGAGUCAAGCCGCAAUUUUUUCAAACACAUUGCAAACACUGAGUCAUAUCAGCUCAGUUAUUUUCCGUUUUUUUUUUACUGUUUUCCGUACCUUGGAGACAUUAUGCCUUGUCGGUGUGUUGUCAGAGGGUGUAACAACACGAUCAGGGACGGAUUCAAGUUGAUUUGCGUGGAGUCUGCAUCGAUUAGCACGGCAUGCUAACCGAUGCUAAAAUGCUAUGUAGGCUAGCUGUAUGUACAUUUGUAGCUAUAUUUGCAUCCAGCCUUUCCCUCCACCCACAUUUAAUGCCAAACAAACACAUACCAAUCGACGGAUUUAAGUUGCUCCAGUGUCAAAAGAUGCGAAAGUCCCUCGUUUGGUCUGCACAUUUUACUGGCGAUGCUACGACAGACAUGGCUCAGAGAUGUAUGGAUAUCUUGCGACACUCAAAGCAGAUGCAUUUCCAACGAUAAAGUCAACGAAAUCACAGAGGUGAGUUUUGUUGAUGUUAUUGACUUAUGUGCUAAUCAGACAUAUUUGGUCGCGGCAUGACUGCCAGUUAAUCGAUGCUAACAUGCUAUUUAGGCUAGCUCUAUGUACAUUUGUAGCUAUAUUUGCAUCCAGCCUUUCCCUCCACCCACAUUUAAUGCCAAACAAACACUUACCAAUCGACAGAUUUAAGUUGCUCCAGUGGUCAAAAGAUGCACUCUUUGGUUAGAAGGCAAUCGCCGAAUAGCUUCAAUAGCUAUUCACUCAAAAGCUUCAGUUUCUUCUUCAAUUUCGUUUUCGCUAUCUGCCUCCACACUCCAACCCUCCGUUUCAAUACAUGCGUAAUCUGUUGAAUCGCUUAAGCCGCCGAAAUCCGAAUCUGAAUCCGAGCUAAUGUCGCUAUAUCUUGCUGGUCUGUCCGCCAUGUUUGAUUGUAUUGGCAUCACUAUGUGACGUCACAGGAAAAUGGACGGUGGAUUUACAGAUAGCGAAAAUCAGGCACUUUAAAGCCUUUUUUUGGGAUAUUCCAUGAUUGGUAAAAUUUUGAAAAAAACUUCGAAAAAUAAAAUAAGCCACUGGAAACUGAUUGUUAUUGGUUUUAACUCUCCUGAAAUUGUGAUAAUGUCCCCCUUUAAUAUGAAUGUAUAUUUGAUGUUGUAUGUAGUGCUUCUCAUCUUCUACUGUUAUAUGUUAUCCUGGAGUUUUUAAGUUGUGUGCAUGUAUUGAAUAUCAUGUAUGUAGCUACUAAUUUAUUUGAUUUUCUCAUUGUUAAAGAGAGGACAUCUUUAUUUUCACUUGGGGUUUUUUUUCACACAUUUUCUUCCUAUGUAUUUUUAUUGAUGUUAUUAUCCAAUUAAAAGUAUGAAUGAAUAAAAUAUUUAACAAAA